AUGGAAUCCUCCACAAUUCUCCCACUCUCUCAGCUCUCCUUCUUCCCACCAAAAUCCCGUACACGGACCGGAGCUUCUCCUUUUAGGCCAUGGAAGGAGAGGACUUCUCAACCGGUUCGUUUCAACUGUCAAAAGAUGUUUGUACCCGGGUUUGGAGAAGCAUCACCUGAAGCCAAGGCAGCCAACAACCUCCAUAAUUUCUUCACAUAUAUUGCAGUUAAGAUUGUCACUGCACAGCUAGAGAGCUAUAAUCCUGAGGCAUAUAAAGAGUUGAUGGAAUUUUUGAGUAGGCACGCAUUGAAUAAUGGAGACAAGUUUUGUGCAGAUUUGAUGAGAGAAUCUCCACGGCAUAAAAUUUUAGCUUUGCGUAUAUUAGAGGUUAGAUCUGCAUAUUGCAAGAAGGAUUUUGAGUGGGACAACUUAAAGCGGUUAGCGUCUAAGAUGGUUGAUGAAUCUAACACGAGACUUAUGAGAGAUUACGUUUUGGAAACCAGUCACGAGGAAAGCUAAAGUGAAAUGUUGUCUAUUUCUGUCUCUGUACUAUAUGAGUCUGGAAUGUAUUGUCAGUUACAUAUGUAUGGAACCGACAAUGGAUAUUCCAGGAACACAUAAAUAGCAAAUGAUUACAUGGUGUCCAUAUCCUCUCUCUCAUAUAUAAAAGUAAAUAUUUUGGUUAAUCCA